AUUCCUACAUUGUUUUAGGUGGUGUAGUCUGUCCAGUUGUCGACGGUAGACACUGUGAGGCGGUCCUGACCAGGAUUCUUAAAAAAAGAAGUCGGUCUCUAGUCUUUUUUCUUUGUAUUAUUUGUGAAUCUAGCUGGGACAUUAACUUCUGUCUAAAACUAUGGCUUCUUCGGAUGUUGCUCGGCAGCCGGAUAAAGGAGUCCGGCCCCUGUCCUUGGCAGGCCACGUGGGCUUUGACAGCCUUCCAGAUCAGCUUGUCAACAAGUCCAUCUGCCAGGGCUUCUGCUUCAAUAUUCUCUGCAUCGGUGAGACCGGUAUUGGCAAGUCUACUCUGAUGGAUACUCUAUUCAAUACCAACUUUGAGAACUUUGAGUCAUCCCACUUUGAACCUCAGGUGAAGCUGCGGGCUCAGACGUACGACCUGCAGGAGAGUAAUGUCAGACUACGCCUUACCGUGGUCAACACUGUGGGCUUCGGAGACCAAAUGAACAAACAAGAGAGCUAUCAGCCAGUGGUGGACUACAUCGACAGGCAGUUUGAGAGUUAUCUGCAGGAGGAGCUAAAAAUCAAGCGCUCUCUUCACAACUACCACGACUCACGAGUCCACGCCUGCCUUUACUUCAUUUCCCCCUCAGGUCAUUCACUCAAAUCCCUGGACCUGGUCACCAUGAAGAAACUAGACAGCAAGGUGAACAUCAUCCCAGUGAUCGCCAAAGCCGACACAAUCAGCAAGAGCGAGCUGCAUAAGUUCAAGAUCAAAAUCAUGAGUGAGCUGGUCAGCAACGGCGUCCAGAUCUAUCAGUUCCCCCUGGAUGAUGAGACUGUGGCCAAAGUCAACACUACUAUGAACGGUCACUUGCCCUUUGCUGUAGUAGGCAGCACGGAGGAAGUCUGCGUUGGCAAUAAGAUGGUGAAAGCGCGUCAGUAUCCCUGGGGUGUAGUACAAGUGGAGAACGAGAAUCACUGCGACUUUGUGAAGCUCAGGGAGAUGCUCAUCUGUGUAAACAUGGAGGACCUGAGAGAGCAGACACACACCCGCCACUAUGAGCUGUACAGACGCUGCAAACUGGAGGAAAUGGGAUUCAAAGACACAGACCCAGAGUGCAAACCUGUCAGUGAGCUGCCAACUCAUAAACACCUGCACCUAUAUAAAGAAAAAUGUACAACUGACAUGACUGACAGUUGACAGAGAGGUGCAGUGCAGAGGGUGAAGGAGAAGGAGGCCGAGCUGAAGGAGGCUGAGAGAGAGCUGCAGGGCCGUUUUGAGCAGCUGAAGCGCCUCCAUGCAGACGAGAAAGCAGCCUUGGAGGAAAAGAAGAGACUCCUGGAUGAGGACCAGGGUUCCUUCAGUAAGAGACGGGCUGCUGCUCAGCUCCUGCAGGCCCAGAGUCUCACCGCCAACGGCAAGAAGGACAAGGACCGCAAGAAGUAA